CCUUACACGCUAGGUGCCUCUCGCCGCCUUAAUACCAGAAGAAGAACAGCUCGCAGCCACCUGCUCCCAGCACCACCGAAGAAGAGCAGACAGAGGAAGGUGAAGCACUUCGUCACGAUUCACUGGAUUAACGGACUGUCUGUCUGUGUUCCUCCCGUCGGCUAACCGGAGCUAUCGGUGCCCUGCGGUGUGUCCUCCCAGUGUACUCCCUGUGUGACCUCUGACCCCCACCAUGGUUCUGAGGGAGGUCCCGGUGGAGAACAUUGCCCGUCCUCUGGGCAGGAACGAGGUCAUCGGCCUCAUCUUCCGCCUCACCAUCUUCGGUGCUGUCACCUACUUCACCAUCAAGUGGAUGGUGGACGCCAUCGACCCGACCCGGAAGCAGAAGGUGGAGGCGCAGAAACAGGCGGAGAAGCUGAUGCGUCAGAUCGGAGUGAAGAACGUGAAGCUGUCAGAAUAUGAGAUGAGCAUCGCAGCUCACCUGGUGGACCCUCUCAGCAUGCAGAUCACGUGGAGGGACAUUGCCGGUCUGGACGAGGUGAUCACUGAGUUGAAGGAGACGGUCAUCCUCCCGGUCCAGAAGAGACACCUGUUCCUUGGGUCCAGACUGCUGCAGCCCCCUAAAGGCGUGCUGCUGUACGGCCCCCCCGGCUGCGGGAAGACGCUGAUCGCCAAGGCGACUGCGAAGGAGGCGGGCUUCCGCUUCAUCAACCUGCAGCCCAGCACGCUGACGGACAAGUGGUACGGAGAGUCCCAGAAGCUGGCCGCCGCAGUCUUCUCCCUCGCCGUCAAACUGCAGCCCUCUAUCAUCUUCGUGGACGAGAUCGACUCGUUCCUGAGGAGUCGCUCCAGCUCGGAUCACGAGGCGACGGCCAUGAUGAAAGCUCAGUUCAUGAGUCUGUGGGACGGAUUGGACACAGACACACACUGCCAGGUGAUCAUCAUGGGAGCCACCAACCGUCCUCAGGAUCUGGACUCAGCCAUUUUGAGGAGGAUGCCUACCAGGUUUCACAUCAACCAGCCUAGCAAUCAGCAGAGGGAGCAGAUCCUGAAACUCAUCCUGGAGAACGAGAGCGUGGACCUGUCGGUGGACCUGCGUGACGUCGCCAAGGAGACAGAGGGUUUUUCAGGAAGUGACCUCAGAGAGAUGUGCAGAGACGCUGCUCUGCUGUGUGUUCGAGACUUCGUCCACAACCAGAGAGACAGUGACUCAGAGGACUGUAUCCGUCCGAUCCAUCAGGACGACCUGCAGAGGGCCAUCGGUAAGAUGAAGAAAUCAAAGAUGGCGGGGGGGCACGGAGCCCUGCUGCACGCUGCUCUGGACUGAACCCACACUCACUCACACUCACACACACACACACACUUUGAAUACGUGCCAUUUCUCUUAUUUAAAUCAGGUCAUCGUGUCGCUGAAACAGAACUAUUUAGAGUAAAAACACAAAAAGUGUGUUUUUGUAGGAAUGUCUCUGAGAACUACGUUACCCAUGAGCCUAAGCAGCUGUGAUGUCACAAUAAAACUGCUGAGCCAAAUUAAAAAAGGGAAUUCAUUGAAACUGAGCUUUUAUUGUGAAAAUCGUCCCUCCCAGAGGUCUCUGUUUCAGACAGAAAUACAAAUAGAUUAAAUAUAUUCUCAGAUCCAAAUAAAGGAAUGUAAUCCAGUUUAGAUAUUUGUCCUAUUUCUUCCUCAAACCUGAACAAACUUCUGUAAUAAAAUACCAUAAAAUUAAGAUAAGAAAAAACUAUUUAAAUUGGAAAGAAAUAAUAAAAACUGCAUUUCCCUGUAAAACACACACAUUAUGCAAGGUAAGAAACGUUUAAUUAAAACCUUCUUAAUGUCUCUGGAAGCAUAUCAUAUAAACCCUAUACACUGAGUUGGAAUCUGUCUCCUUUAGUCUCCAAACCUCUGAUUGAUUAUAUCAAUUCUGGGAUUAUUGUGAACAAAGUGUACUUUAUUAUGUGUUUAUAAAACUGAACUGUGGUUUAUGGUUUCUACUUCAACUGAAAAUCCUUUCCUUAAUUAAACACGAGAGGGUAAAUAUGAUGGCUGUUGUUGUUUACAUAGAUUAUAUUGACAUGUUAUUUGACUGUAUAUCACAGGAUCAGUUUUAUACACAACGGUUGAAGGUCUUUUUUACAUUCUAGUUAUUAUUUAAGUUAUGUAAUAAACAUGUCAAAACAAA